AUUGUGAUUAUGUGGUCAGCAGCCUGGCUGAGAUCUUCUCCCACACUGAGCCUUUGAUCCAAGCACUGGUCACCAAAUGAGCAUCUAUCUGCUCUUAGCUUGGGCAGGUGGGACUUGGCUCAGCUGCAUGGAAAAGGCAUCCUGCCUACAACCUGGGGUCCUGAAGAACCUCUAGGCACCCAGUAGAAGAAAAAAAGGAGGAAUUAAUGUCAAGGUUACUGGCCUAUAGUUUGCAGAUUGCUCUUUCCUUUGUGGAAAAGCAAAAUGACAUUUGACCUUCACUAGACACAUAGUACCUCUUCAGUUCUCCAGAAUCUUUCAGUGAUCCCAGGCAACGGUUCAGCAAUCACAUUUGCCAGUUCUUUUAGUACACUGUGAUGCAGUUCAUCUGAGCUUGGUGACAGACUCAUCCAGGCCGCAGGCUCCCUAACCAUGAGCUAAAAUGGAAACUGGAGAUGUCUCUACUGAAAUUUUGCAGACCCAACUUCAAGGGCUCUCCUUCAGCAAGGUUGUGAUCUGAACCCCCCUGGGAUCCCUUCUCCUCAAGGGGUACCCUCGGGCCCCACCCAGGGGAUGGUGAUGGCGAAUGAGGCCAAUCUCACUAAUCUCAGAGGCGCUGCCAGGCCCAAAGCAUCAUGGGGGCUAUGCUGAGCUGCUGGGAAGUAUCCCAUCGAAACUUACCAAUGGUGGAGUGGCCGGGCUGGUGGGGGUGACCUGUGUGUUCCCCAUUGAUUUGGCCAAGACUCGGCUGCAGAACCAGCAUGGAAAGGUGGCCUACAAAGGACUGAUAGAUUGCCUGGUGAAGACAGCCCGCACAGAUGGCUUUUUUGGCAUGUACAGAGGGGCAGCAGUGAACCUAACCUUAGUCACUCCGGAGAAAGCUAUCAAGCUGGCAGCCAAUGACUUCUUCCGAGAGCAGCUCUUAGAAGAUGGGUCGAAACAGAAUCUGAUAAGGGAGAUGCUGGCUGGGUGUGGAGCUGGGGUGUGCCAGGCGGUGGUUACCUCUCCCAUGGAAAUGCUGAAGAUACAGCUGCAGGAUGCUGGACGGCUGGUUGGUCAGCAGCACAGGACGUGCACAUCAACAGCUUCCCCCGUCAGGCCCUAUACCACAGACUCCACCCCUAAGCGUCCUUCUGCCACCAUCAUCGCCUGGGAAGUCUUUCGUACUCGAGGCCUGAGUGGCCUUUAUAGGGGUUUUGGUGCUACUCUCCUAAGGGAUAUUCCUUUCUCGGUCAUCUAUUUUCCUUUUUUUGCCAACCUCAACCAUCUGGGGAUCAAUGAAGCUACUGGGAAGGCCCCUUUUGCCCACUCAUUUGCAUCUGGUUGUUUAGCAGGUUCUCUGGCUGCUAUUGCAGUGACACCCUUGGAUGUUUUGAAAACUCGAAUUCAAACUCUCAAAGGUGUGGGGGACAAAGCCUAUAACGGGAUCAUAGAUUGUGCCAGGAAAAUCUGGACUCACGAGGGACCUGCUGCCUUUAUGAAAGGGGCUGGUUGCCGGGCCCUAGUCAUAGCACCUCUUUUUGGUAUUGCCCAAGGUGUCUAUUACCUCAGUAUUGGGGAAACCAUCUUGACAUUUUUCUUUAGAUCAAGCUAAAAAAGGACUCUCCAGCAGAUAUAACAAUACUCCUUUAAUUUAAGAGUUGCUAAACACUGAGAAAUGGACCUGGUCACAUUAAUUCCUAGUUAAGAAGCUAGGAAUUAAUUUCAGACAUUGGGGAAAAGAAAAAUCAGAAGCUUAAGAGAUAAGUAUGGGAACCUAUGUAACUAACUAUACCAACUCCAGACCAUGGCCAGUUCAAGGAUCAGGAUGACUACAGCUGAUGAGCAUUUUCUGGAAAAAAGUCAGUUCAGCUAUAUGCGUGACAAUCCUUAAAGCAGUUACUGAGAUCAAGUCUCAGCACUCUUGAUAAUUGAUAUUAAGAGGUACCAAAAAAUUGCUUAAGAUCUCAUUCUAUGAAAAGCUUGAGAGAACUAAACAGAGUGAAUACUGGCUGUCAUUUUUUCUAAAGCCAACAAUCCUUGUAUCUUAUCUGAACAAAACAAACAUUAAAACUAGCAAUGAACAAA